AUGAAAUGGAGCAAAGAGCAACAGCUGCUUUUACUAAAACGGACAUGCUAUCAUAAACCAAUAGGCAAACAUAGAAACAAGGAGCUUGACACGAUUGUUGGUGAAUUGAAGAAAAGCUUUCCGGAAUUGGAUGUAAAAAAACAGGAUCUGAUCGAUGAAUUAAGCAAAUACUACGACUUGAGUGGCCUUGAGGCACUUGAAAAAGAAGAUGAAGUAUUUGUUGAAAAGCAAAAGCCAGCAACUAAGAAGAAGCGGAGUAAAAUGAAAGCAGAAAAGAGGACAAGGUUCAAAUCCAAGGAAGCAAUUUCUAUAAAAGAUAAUUCAGACGAGGAAAUAUCUGAGGAAGAUGCAGAUGAGAGCAUUUCAUCAAGAUUGGCAAAAAGGGUGCAACCGGAGGAUGCUCUUGAAGAACCAAGAAAAAAGAAAAGGAAAACGGAUAGUUUACAGCAGGAAAAGAAGAAGAAAAGGGUGAGUAGAAGCAGAAGUCGGAGAAAGGUUACUAUAACUGAUACAGCAGAUAAUGAUGCAAAUAAGGCAGAUGAAGGCAUAAGCCGCGGAAGAAGCAGAACUGUAGAAGUGAAUGAUGGAAAGAGAAACGUAAAGAGAAAUCCAAGCAGGUCGAGGAGGUUGCGAGAGAGUUCACCAAAUAAUCAGAGGGAAAAUUCCGAUGGAAAGGGAUCGGAAUCAGAAACAGAAUCAGACGAUAAUAUAGGUAGCCGAACAAGAAGACGGAGUCUUCGCGAAAGUUCUAGAACACCAAGUAUCAACUCAUCCCCGGUGAGGAGAGGUAGAUCAAGAACUCCGAAAGAUCUUCCUAGGAGUGAGGUAAACGAUGCUAGGAGGAAAGAUUUACCGAAGGAAGACGAUAUCGUUCGUCGGCUUAAAAGCAGAUCGCGCUCAAAGGUUCAAGAUUUGGAAGAAAUCAGCGAUGCUUCUACCGAAAGUAAGAAAAUAAGCAAGGAUGAUGGUGGGAAGGGUAUUGUGGGUAAUAGAAGCAAAACGGAGAAUAAAGUGACGGAAGAAGACGGUGAAGAAGAAAGAGACGAAGACGAAGAAGACGAAAAAACUACUAAAGAUAGUAUAGCUUCGAGGACCAGGAGGCACCAACGGAGUCCGCCAAAAGGUGAAGCAAGUACAGUGAGGAUGGAGAACCGAAAACAUAAAGGCCGUUCUAAGAAAUAA